CAUUUUCUCUGUUAACGGAAUCUUCCACACACAUACGGCAAGCUACUUUUACUGAAGUAGGUGAUGUGCUACACGGAUGGACAGCCAUUACGGGGCAAACAGGGUCAGGCUACCUGCACAACACACAACCGCCACACACACACACAUGGAUCGAUGUGGUCCUGUCCCUGUGCUCAUCAGGCUCACGUUGUUGGCUCUUUGCCAUCCCUCGCUGCUGCAGACCGAUCGACAAAAACCGCCCCGGUCGCGCAACGGUGUGGCUCAUCAUGCUAUGUGGCUGCUGCGGCAUUGGAGACGCCCGUCGCAUGCUGGCGCCCGCCGGGAUUGGUGUGAAUGGCCGGGGGUGGACGCGUGGGGUCACAUAAAACAUCGAUUGUGUGUGUGCAGAGGGGGACCGCAGAGGGGACGGGGGCAUGGCGACGAUGGCCUUGCCGGGCAGGAGGCCGAUGCACUCUGUCUGCUUUUUGUUGAGGUGCAUGCUGUCUCCCUGACGGACCACCGGGUGCUGCCGGCCGGUGAGUGGGCUGUGAAAGGCCACACAAGGGGGCGAGGGAGCCGCAAAGGAAGAAGACAACCAGGAAGCGUGACGUCGCUCGGUGUGAUGGCCCAAUGUCGCCUUAUCGUCUUCCUUCUUCACGCCUGGGAGAACUCUCACGUGUGUGGCCGCCGCCCUCGUCGUCCUGGCCAUUCGAGACACAUCCAUAGCCUUCACCUGCGACAUCUGGCGGCUGCUCAGCGAGGAGGGAGACACGUGUCGAUGCACGACCGAGGGUGUCGAUACGCAGCAGCUGGCUGAGGGGCAGGGGUGGGAUCAGCAGAGGAAUUGGCGUGACCUUCGGCUCUCUCGGGCACGCCACUGACUCUCUGUCCUGCUGCUGCAAAGCGGCAGGCUCGGUGCCCUCAUCCUCUUCCUCGUCAAAAGUCGGCGCUCUUGUGGUAAUCACAUCGCUUGAUCCGCGCACCAGUCGGUUGCCCCUCCGAUGUCCAUCCUUGCCCUUUGCCGUGUGGGUGAGGUCGUUCUUCCAACUCACAUUCGCAGAAUCGGUCUGUGUCGAAGAGUCCUGUGAGCGGCCAAGUGGUCUGUGUUCAUACAAGCCAGGACGGCAGUCGACGGGCGCACGCAAGAAGCACGGCGACAGUCCUCUGUGCAAACUGACCUUGACACUGCCACUUGCUGGGCCAAGAGAGGGACGCGCUGCAAGUCAAGGCACAGGGCAACGUUGACUUGCUGCAGUUGUUGCAACUCUGCCACCUGCUCUGCCAGCAGCUUGUCAAAUUUCGAGCAUGUCUGAGACAAGACACAGAAGUGGAUUCAAUUUGAUGGGUGGGUUCGUUUGACAAACUUGGGCCAUUUCAUCAUUCUGAGCGGUGACGGUCUUGACGCGGGCUCUCAUUGCCUCCAGCUCCUCACGGAGGGAAACCAGCUGAUCCUUGGACGACCUCAGCCCUUCCAUGUUUCUCGGGGGAAGUGUCAGUGGAAUCCUCCCCGAAGGCUUUGGGGCAAUAUUGCUUUGGGGGAGCAAGUGGCGUCACGAUGGCGUGGCG